AUGGGGGACGAUGACCUUACUACUUCUAACACCUCUCCCAUCACCAUCAAAUCUGAAAUCCACGCCGCCACCACCGUCACAAAUAUCAAAACCCUAAUUCCCUUCACCUUAGAAAUCGAGUCUAUCGAAGACCACCUCAAAGCCAAACCUGAAACCACCACACCCGAGUCAUCCUCCGCCUUGGCUACCUGGAAUCGCUUGGACGCCAUCGUGUUGCAAUGGCUCUAUAGCACAAUCUCCAACGAUCUUCUUCACACCAUAAUCGACAAAACGUCCACUGCUCAUGACGCGUGGGUGGCUAUCGAGAAUCUGUUUCACGACAACAAGGCAUCUCGGGCCAUUUACCUAAUGCAGAAAUUCGCUAAUACCCGACUGGACGGCUUUCCAAAUAUCUCGGCUUACUGUCAAGCCCUUAAAACACUGUCUGACCAACUCGCCAAUGUUGAUGCUGCUGUGACUGAUGAACGGCUCGUUCUCCAACUCAUCGCCGGUUUGAAUGAUCAAUAUGAGGGUAUUGGCACCAUCAUCACUCAACAGCGCCCUCUACCCUCGUUUUACAACGCCCGGUCUCAACUUAUCCAGGUUGAAACCCGUAAGAACGAGCAAGCCUUAUUAUCCUCCAAAACCGCCUCUACCGCCCUCACCGCCCAAGCAACCCGACCCAACCCUGAGCACACCCGGUCACCCUCUGACUCCUACCGUGGCCGUGGCCGCUCUGGUCGUCGAGGCCGUGGCCGAGGAUCCUAUGGCCGAGGACGCCCCAACCAAUCCAACUACUACCCGCCCCAACCGUACUAUCCAUGGGCACCAUAUUGGCCCACUCCCCCUCCACAUCCCUCGGCCCAACACUACCCCUACAGCCCAUCGUAG